CGUUUCCUCAAAUCACUCGCUCGUUUAAAAUUCGCUGUGUCCUCUGUCUUUACACAUUCCCUCCACACUAAAAUUUUGAUCAUGUUCCGCCGUCUUGCCCUCACUUGCGCCGCUUUGCUCAGUGUUGUGUCUGCACAGUUGGUCGUCACGUCUCCCGGUGCCAAUGACUGGUGGGUCGCGUCGUCGGUGAACACACUCGCGUGGUCGUGCACGAGUUCUCCGUAUCUAAACUUCACUAUUCUUCUCGCCAACUCGAACCUCUCAAUUCUCCCUGCACCCCUUGCCAUCGUCGCCGUCCAACAAAACUUUGACUGUUCCGAAUCCAUCACUCAGCAGCAAUCCGCGCAGCCCGCUGGCUCCGGCUACGUUAUUCAGCUUGCCAGCACUCUGAACGAGACUGACAUCUAUGCCGAAAGCCAGCCUUUCGAAAUCAAGGCUCUCGGCUCGUCUUAUCCCACCACCACCAGCAGCGCAGGCAGUACUCCUACCGGGAGUGCUUCCGCUGGGGCUGCACAAGCCACCAAAACUGGCGGUGCCCUCGCGGAAUAUGUUCCUGUAGGCAUGAGCAUGGUCGCCGCUCUUGCUCUUAGCUUGGUCGUUGCCUAAUUCAUUUUUGGACUUGGACUCCGAUACAUAUAUCCCUUUGUUUAUUAUCUUUUCUUCUUCAGGACCCUCCACUUCAUGGAACAUUUAACUGCCUUGGGAAUGUCAGUUUUUUUUACAGCUUUAUGGCCUAAUGUGCGGUGUGAUGAUUUUGGACGUUGUGGUUUAACGCACUGUUGUUUUGCUACUACUUGGAUGGCGUUAUGAACUUGAUUCAGGUUGUGUAGCCUGAUCGUGCAGUUGUUGGGCUCAUGGUCCUUGAAGAUGUGGCAAAUUGAUCAUGACAUGUUUUGAGUUAUGACCGUGUUAGGACCACUAGUACUGGUCUGAUUAUCAACUGCCGCUCAUUCUUU